UUUUUUGGCCCUGGGGGGGGUUUUGAACCCGGGACCCCCCCCCUCCGUAUGUACGCCACUGGUCUCACGUACAACCACAUUAUAAAUGUACUAGAAUAAUUAUAAUAAUAUUAUGGCAUGCUGUGUUUAUUGAAUAAAAUAAUAUUAAAGCGUUUUCCGAUUUCGUGAAUAAUCUUCGGUUUAGAUAGCCAAUAAUGUACGCAACGAUCACAACGUACUCGAUGAACGGCUAUUAUUUUAAUCCGAAACUCGACGGCGGUGCGCAUGACCGUUGGACCGGUGCCCGAGAACCGUCAAAACUUAGAGUAUCUCUAAUGAAUAGGAAAUAGAAUCGUGCGCAUUUGUGUGCGUGUGUGCGUGUGUGUGUAUGUGUGUGUACAAGCAUGUGUAUGAAUGGUAUAUAUAAGUGUGCGUACAAGUGUAUAUAUAAAAGUGUGUGCGAGUGCACUCGUUCGCGGCGACGGACGUCUAAAAUUAUCGCCUCGCGUGUCCCUGGCUUUUUCGCUGGAGUGUAGGAGGAAGAGAUUAUUUUUCACUUCAGUGUGCUUCCGACUGCCGCAGAGGAAAUGACGUGCGACCGUACGUUCGUAACCGUCACGCUGCUGCUGGCGACCGCGGCGGCGGCGGUCACCGGCGACGACGAGAUCUCACCGACGACGACGGUCAACCAACCCGGGCCAGCCAGCAAAGUCGUGAAAAUCGUCGCGCUGUUCCACGAGAACGACGAUUCCGUCAAUCAGCUGGCGUACAACGUGAGCACGAGAAUCGUGAACAUCAUGGACACGGUGUUGCCCAAGAACAAAAUCGUCCAAAGGUCCGAGUACGUCGUCAACGACAUGUACAACGUGACGCGUAUCGUUUGCGAAUCCAUGAAGCUGGGCAUCGCUGCGUUCAUCGGCGGCACGGACGACGAAGAAAUAGAGAACGUGAUCCGGUCGAUGAGCAGCCGCGCGCAGAUACCGUUCAUCGAGACGCACUGGAAAACGUCCGACCGGCCACCCGACGAGUACGCUGUCAAUCUCUAUCCGGACCCGUCGCUGUUGUCCAAGGCCAUACGAGACAUUAUACUCGACAUGGACUGGGAGUCGUUUACGGUCAUCUACGAGAGCCCGAUGAGUCUGAUCCGACUCAAAGACCUGUUGAUGCACUUCGAUUACGGGCAAAGGGCACCAGGAAAAGCGAUCAGAAUCAUUCAGAUGUCACCAGUGGAAGAUUUUCGACCGAUGUUCAAGGAAUUAAAGUCGUUUGGGGAAAAACACAUCAUUUUGGACUACGGGAUCGAGCACAUCGUGCACAUACUGGAGCAAGCGGACGAAGUGCAUUUCAUGGGAGAUUACCAGAGCUUCGUCAUCACGAAUCUGGAUGCUCACACGUUAACUUUCGAAGAGUUCCACAAGUCGAUGGCCAACAUAACGUUAAUCCGAUUGAUCGAUCCGGAAAGUCAGCACGUCAGAAACGCCGUCGACGAAAUAGUGUUCAACGAACAGAAAAACGGUAGGAUCAGUGUUUUGACGCCGAACACGUUGAAAACGAAAACAGCGUUGAUAUACGACGCGGUCAACUUUUUCGCCGCUUCGCUUCACGGUUUGGUGGCUACGCAAACAAUGGGCCCGACGAGGAUCUCGUGCGAUGAUAUUAAACCGUGGGUGCACGGGUACAGCCUUAUCAACUACAUGAGAGUGAUGGAGUUGAACGGACUGACCGGGAAAAUGCGAUUCGACGGCGUGACGGGUAACAGGAACUACUUCAAAGUGGACGUGGUCAAGGUGCACGAGAGCAAGAAGCACCGUUUGGGCUCCUGGGACCCGUCGGAGGGGAUGACGCUGACCCGGUCAGUAUCGGAGAUAUACUCCGAAAUCGCGCAGUCGAUCACUAACAAGACGUUCGUCGUCGUCGGAAAACUGGUUCAGCCGUAUUUGAUGAAAUGCAAUGCGACGGAAAAGGGAAUCGACGAAGACGAGGAAUGUUUCGAAGGGUUCGCGUACGAACUGGUCGCCGAGAUGGCCAAGUACAAUGGGUUCAAGUUCAAGUUCACUACCAACGAAGAUUACGGCUCUCAGAACCUUAAAACCGGAAAGUGGAAUGGUAUGAUCGGGGAGCUACAGUCAAUGCGAGCCGAUCUGGCCAUUUGCGAUCUGACCAUCACGUUCGACCGGCGGACCGCGGUGGACUUCACGACGCCGUUCAUGACGCUGGGCAUCAGCAUACUGUACGCGAAACCGGAGAAGAAGAAGCCGCAGCUGUUCUGGUUCCUGAACCCGUUGUCGUUCAGUGUGUGGAUGUACACGGCCACCGCGUACCUGGGCGUCUCGCUGUUCUUGUUCAUGUUGGCCAGGAUGACACCGUUCGAAUGGGAGAUUCCGCACCCGAUCAAGCCCGGGGACGACACGCUGGAGAACUCGAUGACGCUGCUCAAUUGCCUGUGGUUUUCCAUCGGUUCCGUCCUGUGCGCCGGAUGCGAAAUACUGCCCAAAAUCACACCCAACGAGUGGCACGACCCGCAGCCGUGGAAAGACGGUAACAACGAGCUUGAGACUAGGCUUAACGUGGCUAAUCUGAUUUGGUUCAGUUGCGGCACCAUGUUGCAACAGGGUUCCGAUAUAUCUCCUCAGGCGGUGUCCACGCGUUUAGUCGCAGGGAUGUGGUGGUUUUUCGCGCUGAUCAUGACCUCGUCGUACACCGCCAACCUGACCGCGUCCAUUACCAGCGGACGUCUGGACACGCCCAUCAAGAACGUCGACGACCUGUCCAAGGACUCGGACAUCCAGUACGGCUGUUACGAGGAAGGGUCCACGGCCGCUUUUUUUCAGAAGUCGAACCUGAGCCUGUACCAGAGAAUGUGGAGCGUGAUGGAAUCGUCCAACCCGACGGUGUUCACAAAAAGUAACCAGGAAGGCGUGGACCGAGUGCUGAAGGGCAAGGGCCGGUACGCGUUCCUGAUGGAAUCUUCCAGCAUUGAGUACCAGACAGAACGCAACUGCAACCUGAUGCAAAUCGGCAACACGUUGGACUCGAAGGGAUACGGCAUAGCGAUGCCGAUGAAUUCGCCUUACCGGACUCUGAUCAGCGAAUCGGUGUUGAGACUGCAAGAAUCCGGAUUCAUGCGAGAACUGAAAGACAAAUGGUGGAAAGGAGUUAAUAAAUGCGAGGAAGAAGAGGAAAGCGAAGAACUCGGGUUUACCAAAAUUGGUGGCGUUUUCGUGGUACUCGUUCUUGGCUGUCUAAUAGCCUUCGUGUUUUCCAUUUUGGAAUUUUUGUGGAACAUACGAAAGGUGGCCAUCGAGGAAGAGAUAACGCCGAAAGAAGCCUUGAUUUUGGAGUGGAAAUUUGCCAUGAAAUGUGACGGCGGGGUAAAGCCAUUGAGGCGGCGGCACAACACAUCGACUGAAUACGAAUCAAAUAAUUCCGACACCAGCUAAUCGCGUGCAAUCAAGUACUGCAGACGAUUUGGCUAAAGAGUUGGUAAACUAUUUUUCCGACGAAAACAAAAAUAAAGCAAUUUUUCGAUAUAA